GAGGGAGGCAGAAGGAGGGAGGAAUGCUCUUUACGAAUCACCUCUGGAAGUUUCUUCUGGGAAUGAAGCUUGGAUUUACUUAGCAUGUAUAUUUUUUCAUGGAAAAAACACAAGGCCUAUACAAUUUUCAAAAAUGGGAAAUGUAUUGAUUUCUAAUGUCUUAAGAACAUACUCCCCACCCCUUCGGGCCAAAAGCCAACCAAGGCUUACAGAACAAAAAACAGCUACAAUGUUGGCUUAACCUGUAGUUUAAAGCCGAAGCCGCUGCGAGUCUCUGUGGAAGGGAAGGGAAGGGCUCACCGAGGCACCGGUCACAGACGAGCAGCCGCAGGCUCGCUCUCCUGGUGUCAGAGUGCGGCUAGCGGCUGCCGAGGGUUACACUUGGAGCAUGUGAAGGGGCCGAGUCGUGGGACCCAACCCAGAGCCAGGUGGAAAAGAGAAGAAACGAGAAUGGAGAGCUGUGGCCACCUGCUCUGGAGAGCUCUGAGGAGAGGAUUCUCGUAGUCUGGAUGACUCUGAUCACAGAUCAGAUCAAAUAUCACCAAAUACAAGAACCCUCCCAGAGGCUUUGCAUGAUUUCUAAAAGUCACCUCCUGUGUGAAGCCUUCCUGGAUUGUAGCAAGGACAGAAGUUCCUCCCACCUUUUUCAUGUCUCUGUGAACCCCUCAGGACGUCGUGUAGAAUUCUUCCCUUAUUCUAAACCAUGGCAACCGCAGACAGGCACGUGGCUUCCAACUGAAAGAUCGGUGGCUCUCAGACAGUUAAACAUCACUGCCCCUGACGCUUCCAGCAUGAAAGGUUUCUCACUGAUGUUAUUAUGUCGGCUGGAAAGAGCCUUCUGGACUUUAGGGAAGGGAGCUGGGACAGCUUUCUGAAGAAGGCCGAAAGCCUGGGGGCUGCCUGCAACGUCCGGGCUGGGCAGCAGAGUCCCGCAGUUUCUCGAAGCUGGCUCCACAGCCCAAGUUGGCCUUGGAUCUCAGCUCCACUCCAUUCUGGUUCUGUGGCCUUGGGCGAUGGACAGCCUGGGCGCCUCCACGUGCCCGUCUGUAAUCUACAGCAGAAUAAAAGACCCCAGUCAGAGCCCGAAAGAAGGGCCCGAGGCCUCAGACGCGCGGUCCCCACGGCGACAGUCCCCACAGGCAACACUUCGCCUCUCUUAAGCUUGUCCAGGAGCAGGUCGAAACAAAGCUGGUCAGAUCCGCGGGGUGAAGAAAUACACGUCCCCCCGAUGCGGAGCAAGCUGGACCCUGGAUGGGACGAAGGGGGCCAUGAAGCAACCCAGCACAUACCCACUAACACGUACUCUACUGACUUCCUCCUCUACCUCUCUUCCUCUCUUCUACCACUAUUUCCGGGGAGAAACCGUUACUGGCUGCACGUGAAUAUUCGAAUCACUGUCUGCUCUGGGGGAACCUCAGGAUCCAUGCAGAAUCAUCUGGAGAGCUGGCCAUCAGGCUUGAGGCUCUGCUCCCAGGAAAGGUGCCCCUGCCUAGAGGCAGCUAGUGCCACUGUCCCCAAGCUAGAUGCCUGUGCCACCUGGUGCUUCUUUUUUCAGGUGCUCACAUCUGGUCAGAACCCGCUGUGAGUGAUACUAAAUGAUGGAGUCUAUGGCACUUGCCCGAAGCCUUACUGGCAAGGAGGGAGCAGAGGCCGGGGUUCGGGGCUUGGCAGUGGGGACGAGGACAGAAAUGGUCCCAAACCUAGCAAGGAUGUGCACUAAUGUCAACUUGCCAGAGAAUCAGAGGCACCCGGAGAGAAGAAGGUGGGGGAAGGAGUGGCACCGGAGAAGAGCUAACAUGUGCCCAGAGCUGCACCUCGGGGUUCCAUUUCAGUCCUCACACUUUCUGACCAUUAUGUCUUCCUUUCUCAAGGUGAUGUAGGUGAGCCUUGAAUUCUUUCUACCAAAGUAGUCCUACUAACAAAGCCCAAGCUCCUGUGGACACAGGCACCCAGGUCAUGGGUUUAGUUGUCCCAUGUGGACCUGGGAUUGGGACCGCCAGACCUCCUAUGGAGAUUUGAGGUUUCCAGGAACCUCUCUCACCAAGAGGUCGCCUGGCAAUUGCAGACAAUGCAAUUGUCUGCCAUGAUCCCCCAAAGAUGUCUACGUGACAUCAGCAUCU